UCCUCUUCCAACUGCAUCAUCAAGUCUACUGGCUUUAAAAAGGCAGUGUUUUACAGUUGGACACACACAUCCUCAUAAUCGACACUGAGAUCACCAUGGCAGCUGAGGGAAAUCUUGUUUGUGGUGGUGUUAUGUUGCUCCACAAUGAACAUGAAGGGAAACACUCGUAUAAAGUGAAUGGCUUUUUUAACUAUAACAAAGGAAAAUUUGCAAGCAAGGGAGAUAAGGUUAUAAUGAUAAACAACACAGAUGUGGCGGAUUUGACUCCACAGGCGUUUGCCGAGCUGCUGGUUGAAGGGCCCCCCUUACUUACCAUACAUCAUUCACCCCAAAGGAAAACCGAAGAAUGUGAAUCUGAGGAAAUCAAUGUGUGUAAAAAGGAACCGACAGUCAUGAAAUUCAGCAUGAUGAUGGUAAGAGAGGAACAUCUGGAAGCCACUGGAGUUCAACCAUCGCCAGAGCGGGAAGACAAGUACAUUGAAGAUGACUGUUUCAGUAAAGACAAUCUUCUGCUUGUCACCAUGGCUGAGACCAGCUUCAGUGUGGUCGUUGGUCGGGGCUGUGAUCCGGACAGCUCUUGCAACAGCUGUGGAGGGAUCAAUUGCCAAUUUAGUGAAGUUGUUAUCCUUCCUGCUAAAGCUGAGAUAACCUUUAAUUCUUCAAGGAUUUUGAUGCGGAUUAGAGAGCAAAAUAAUUUGUUCCUUAAGAGUUUCUCGAUGGAAAAGUAUGUCACCCCAGAUGAUCAGCAUAUGUUUUUGAAAGACACCAUGUCAGCAAAAAUCACCCUCUACUAUUAUACUAUCACCACGGACUGUCAAGGUGUUCCUGUUGUACUGAACUUCAGUGGCACGGAAAACUUCUUCUGCUGUUCUACCAAGCAAGGUGAAGAUAAGAAGAUUUUGACAGUCAUGAACCAUAAUAAAAAGGACCUGAAAAGAAUCUGUCCUGAUGACCGAGAAAAAUGGUCCCUUGUAUUUUACAUGUCUUGUGGGCGAGACAAUCUCCGGCGUUUUGAGUCGGCUCUUUACAGAGGAUGGUUUAUCUACACACAAAGGGUAGAUAAUAGAGAAGUGGACAUGCAUAAAGAGGAUCAGUUUGACAGUAAACAAGACAGUGCCUUCUCAUUUAUAAUUCUGAGUGAGAAUGGGUCAUGUUAGAAUUUAAGGUCUUGAUGUGGACAUCACAGAAUUGAGAAGAGUCUGUAAAUGAUUACAAACUAUUACAAACUAUUUUAAGUAUCAGUUUUGUAUAUCACACUUGAAUAUGACAUCUUACUGAUGAUCUUACUGAUUCAAGCUGACAUGGCCAUCCCUAGUGCUUCAUUAAAAAUGUGUAUAAAUUCGUUGGACUGGCAUCUUGGAAAGAAGCGAAUUGGUCGGAUUAGUUUGUUAAAAGAAUGUGCCGGAGACUGUUUAGAAGUCUAAAGUUUAUUAAAGUUUCCACGUUUUGGAUUAGUUUAAUUGUUAAGUUUGUCUUCUUCUUCCAAAGAAUGGUGUGUUUUAAUGCCAAAUUUUUUUUUGUCUUUCUUUUAUUCAGCUGCUUUUAAACUGAUGUUUGUUAACCAACACAUGUAAUUCAUAUUUAUUUGUAUUGCUAACUGCUCAUAGUUACUUUUUGUGCUGAAAUAUUAUAAUUUUGCAAAAACGUUUAAAUCUUUUUUUAAACACAAUGUAUGUAAUUCCUGUAUUUAUAUCAGCUUUUAUUUACAUUUGUAAGUAUAAGAUAAAAGCUAUUAACAACUUGAUUUUGCUGCAUAAAUGUAUCAUUUACCAUAUUAACCUCUGUUUAUGUAUUAUGUUCUUCUGUAUAUCUUCUAUAAAAUCGCAAAAUCAAAAGUUAUGAAUUAAAUACAGUGCUUCAGUAAUUGUUUCAGAUUCAUCCUGCAACACAGUUCACUGUAGUUAUGGUUAAACUUUCAUGAUGUUUCUUCUGUGACUUAUUAACAGAUGCUUUUAUUCAAAGUUAGGAAAUUAUAGUGAUAUUGUUUUGAAGAGAUUGUAAUUGUG